AUGCCGUACAAAUACGGAGGUCCACGGAGCAAAGCGUGCAAUGCAUGCAGGGUCCGCAAGGUCAAGUGUGACGAAGCCCGUCCAACCUGUGGGCGCUGCCGUCGCUCAGGCAAGACGUGCGAGUUUCGGGACGCCUUUGAUCUGCUCCACUACGAUGAGACCGCACAUGCCUCUCGUCGCGCCCACCAACUGUGGCAGAAACGCUCGACCAAGACCGACGAAAGCGGUGCAUCGAGUCUCGCAUCCACCACAAGCCCUGCCGCCACACCGUCGACCGACCUGAAAGGGGUGUUGGAGCAACCGCUCUACGAAUUGGCAGUGCAGAGGUUCUUCUUCGACUACGUCUUCCAGAUAAACACUCCACUGGGGAGAGCGGGAUAUCUCGAAUAUCUUCCAGAUGCGUACCCCGGGUUCGUCGACCAGCCCUUCUUCCUCUCGGCGUUCAAAUCCACUGCUUUGGCCAACUUUGCCAGGCGAUGCAACUCGCGGACGGCAUCCAAUGCGGCCUUGACCGAAUACGGCAACGCAAUACGAUUGACGAACGCCGCCUUGAGGGACCCCGUCCUGGUCCUCAAAGACGAGACGCUCCUAGCUUGCCAAUUGUUGGGAUUCUGCGAGAUCUACUUGUCCCCUGAAACGGCGUUCAGUAGCUGGUACGCCCACACGCGAGGAGCUGCGGCGCUUCUCGAACAUCGCGGGUCUGGGAUUCUCCAGACACCCCUAGGCCCGACUCUUUUCAAAGCCGUCCACACUCAAGAGGUUCUCUACAAAUGCUUACGAUUCGGUCUGCGACCGACAUAUAACCCGUCAUUCGUGAAGCAAGUGUACGAGCCGAUGUCCGCUCAAGUGCACCUGCUGGUCGCUGAUGUCGCCACUUUGUGCGCCGAAUACAUGGAGCGAAAGAGCACCCUGCCGGGAUAUGAGCAGCAUGCUUCUGCUACCCCGCUCUUGGAGAGAGCUCAUCUCUUGGACCUGCGAUGGCAGAGGCUCAUCUCGAAUAUUCCGUGGCAAUUCAGCUACGACCGAAUCCCAAAGGACCAGUAUCGGCCGCUGCCGCAUUGGAUUGCGCCUUUGAUCAGAGAUCGGCGAGCCCCUGUGUUCGUGCACAUAUAUUCAGGGUUUGGGCCCUGCUUCCUGUGGAACAUGAUGCGGUACGCUCGGGUCAGGUUGCACGAGUUGCAGAUCCUCCUCGCCGAGGCCGCGACGCAAUCCGAUGAAGCGCUAGGGUCUCUGGAGGUGUUGUUGCAGCUCGAAGACGAUCUCAGCUCGACCGUGCCCGCGUUGCUAAUUGCCACGGAGGAGAAAGAGCUCGGCCACAGUUCAAAGGGAGAAGAGAUCUCAAGUUUCCGGUCUUUCCUGAUGGUGCGCUCACUCAUGGCUGCGCGCAUGACCCUGGUGUUUCUCGCGCGACGAGGACUCUAUGUUGAGGAGAGACUGGCUUGGCUCAAGGACCUGUUUGCGUGCCUGCACCAGCAUCUCACCAUCUUCGUCCCUCCGGACUUUGAUCCUCUAGACGGGGACUGA